AUGCAUAUACGCAUAAAGAUUCGGUCGUAUACGCUUGCCCACCGACUAUGAAUAAACUCCGUGCCGAGCGGAGGGGGAUAGGCAAGAGAAGCGGCGAACGUGCUCUCUGCUCUGCUUCCCUCCUUUGCGUUUUGUUUAGGUUUUGUGCGUAUUUGUUCUGCUACGUUAUAAGCUUGCGCAUGGAUUCCUUCUCUCCUCCUUCCUUCUACUCUCUGUGUCGCUCUGGUUUUUCUUCAUCAGGAGACCUCCGCCUCCGAAGCUGCGUCUCUCCUUCGCUUUCCACUUCCGCCCGAUAAAUACUCGUAUCGCACUCCCUCCUUCCACAUCCCCAAUCUCUCUCCUUCCACCAAAGAACAAAGAAGAAAGAAGAAAAAGAUUUGUUUUUUUUCUUCGUGAGUGUGGUUAGAAUUGGAGAUAAAUGAUGUCUCGGAAGCCGCUAAUGCUCAAGGACUACCUUGAGCUGGACUGGAAUUCCGAGACCAGCAGCGCCGGGUUCCGGUGCGUCCCUCGUCGGGCCGAAGACGCCGCGACCGUGCGGUGCCUGCUGGACGCGGAACUCCGUGGCGGCGCUGGACGGGAGCUGCCGCGGACUCGAUCCAUGAGCCCCCUGAUCUCUGCCAUGUUCAACGCUGUCAGGCUGCUGCACGUAGCCGCUUCCGGAGGAGCGCGCCGGUCUGGGGAUGAGGGAUUGCGGUCGAGCAGCUUUUCGAAGAGGCUGAGGGGAAGCUUUUGGAGGCGGAGAGGGAAUGAGGAGGAGAACAGGGUGAAUCUGAGGAACAUCGUACGGCUCAGGUCGUUUCAGGAGGAAGAGGAGGAUGAGGUCGGCGACGAACGAAGGUCGUUCGACUUCCCGUCACCAGUCGUCAGCAGCUGCAGCAGCGACAAGGAAUCCGACUCCUGUAGCUCGGACUUCGUUCCGUCCUCCAAUGCCAGUUCCGGCGACACAGAAGCCGCCACCGGCUCUACCACCGCCGCCGCCAUGGACGUCAAGGAUGACUCUCCGCUGGCGAGCCCAAAUCGCAGCCCCAAGGGGCGGAACAGCGUCCAAGAGGAUGCCGCAGCGAGCGUCGCCGGCACCAAGGCAACGGAAGGCCAGGGUGAGGAGUCUCCGGCAUGCCACUCUGAGGAGGAGGAGAAGGAACAGCUGAGUCCGGUGUCAGUGAUGGACUUCCCCUCCGAAGAGGAUGAGGAGGAGGAUGACGAUGAUGAUGACACCGCGUCUCCUUCGUUCCACCACAGCCUCGCCAAACUAGAAAGAACGAAGCUGCAGCUGCUGCAGAACAUCAGACGGUUCGAGUCCCUCGCUAAUCUGGACUCGAUCGAUCUCGACCGUCACGUGGCCAACUCUGAUGACCUCUACGACUCCACUAACCACCUGGCUUCAUUGGACACCGACGAGGAGGAGGAGGAGGAGGAGGAGCGGGAUCGACGAGAAAGGAAGGCGUGGGGCCUACUCGGAGAGCUAAAGGACGUCUGCCACGUGGACGCCCAUGGCAGCAUCGAGAAGCUGCUGCUGGACUUCUUCAUCCAAGGGCUGCCCUGCUCCGGCGAUGACGCUCGGCCGAUGAACCCCACCGCGCACCAUGGUCCGGCCGAGCGACCACUGUUGGACACCGCGAGGGGCUGGAUCGAGGGCGCCGGGUGCCGGGACCUGGACGACUACCACGGGGAGGCGACGCUGAGGGAAAUGGAGAGGAACCGGCGGUGGCGAUGCUUCCAAGAGCAGGAGAAGGAGGUAGGGUCGGAGGUGGAGGGACUGGUGCUGGUGUUGUUGAUGGAAGAGCUUGUGGGGGACCUACUGCCGUAUUGAACAACGAUCUCGUUGUCGCUGUGAUGGAUGGUUGGUGUAAUAAAUUAGACGGUGAGUUCGUUGCGGAAGUCGUCUGUACA